ACAAAUUAGGGUUUAGUGUAUUCAGAGAGAGAAAGAGAGAAGAAGAAGCAGCAACCAUGGAAAAGCUCGAGCAAGUCCAAUGUUUCGGCCGCAAGAAGAACGCCGUCGCUGUCACCUACUGCAAGCGCGGCCGUGGCUUGAUCAAGAUCAACGGCGCCCCAAUCGAGUUGGUCCAGCCAGAGAUCCUUCGCUUCAAGGCCUUCGAACCAAUCCUCUUGCUAGGAAAGAGCCGAUUCGCCGGAGUGGAUAUGCGCAUCCGUGUCAAGGGCGGUGGUCACACCUCUCAGAUUUACGCCAUCAGGCAGAGCAUUGCUAAGGCGCUUGUGGCGUUCUACCAGAAGUAUGUGGAUGAGCAGAGCAAGAAGGAGAUCAAGGAUAUUCUCGUAAGGUAUGAUAGGACCUUGCUUGUGGCUGAUCCUAGGCGCUGUGAGCCGAAGAAGUUUGGUGGACGUGGUGCUCGUGCAAGGUUCCAGAAGUCUUACCGUUAGAUUGGUUUUUUGGAGGAGAAAGCAAGAGGUGUUUUUGGUUUUUUUAUAUUUAAGUUUUCGGUUCAUGUUUUAUGCUGUGGAAAAACCUUUCUGUUGGUUCCUAGUACUUUUGUUUUGACAUUAUGGUUUGAAUUGUUAUUUUUAGGGUUUUGUAUGCGAUGAUAAGAAUCACAUAAAUCUAUGUUUUUUAUUUUA